AGAUGCACUCCUCUUCCUCCUCGUCAUCAUCAGCAUUGUGAUUGAAAACGUCAAGAUCCUGAUAUGCGCCUGCUGGUCCCACACGCACAACAACAGCAUAUUGAUUACUGGAGUGAGCAAGGAACAGAAGGUUUUCACCGUGGAAGCUUUGCACAGGCAAGGAUCACCCUGCGUGGGAGUGCCCAUCGCCAGCUUUCCCUAAACAUCUGGAGGAGGCUAAGAAACGUCUGGAAAGGUGCAUUUCAAGACAACAAAUCAUUCUGUAGACAAUGUUGUUAAGGGUGAACAUUCAAGUGGAGGUUGGAGAAAUUAUUGGACUGUGAGGAUCGGGAGGGGAAGACGAAAGAAUGGUGGACACUUGAUUUCACUGGUUUAACACCAUCAUGGAAUCACACCAUUAAUGGACUUACAUGGACUUCAAUUCAUCAACGGAUUUCAAAUGAAAUCUACGUUCAUAGCAACCUCCCCGGAUUUAGGUUUAUUGUUUAAAUCGCUGCAAAUCUAGCACUAGGACCCGAUCAAGUAAAUCUAUUACCUGAAUUAUAUCAAUUUUGAACAGUGACCCCCAGUUUUCAAGGCCGUCCUUACAGAUGAGUCACUAAUAUUGUCGCUCGAAACAUACUAUUACCAGAUUUUAAAUCCAUCAAUUCAACCCCCACCAUCAGUGCAUUUAGACCAAUGACUGCAAUUAUAGGACCCUCAUUGGGUAUAUAAAAAUCACUGAAAUCCUACUCCCAUAUUGGUUUUAACUCAGGAUUUAGCUCUGCUUUCACCCUUUACAUUUCUCUUGAACCUUUGGACUGGAUGGAGGAGCUUUUAGUUUUUUUCCACCCAACGACGAGGUGACGCUGGUUCCAUUUCUCUUUUCCGGGAAACCCCUCAGGAAACAUCAUUAUGACAGACAAAGAAGGAAAAUAAAAGGCCAACAAGAAACACAAAAUGGAACACAUUAAAAAAGCAGCAAAAAACAAAGCACACAAUACUGCUUAGUAACUUUUUUUAAUCCCUUCUUCUAUUUAAUUUUUUUUGAAGAGGUCAUUCUUGAUGUUUAUUUUUAAGACAUUUCUACCCACAAGCAGAUAUUAGAGGCACGUCAUUAGGAUCUAUUCCAUUCUCAUACAAAAAAAUACAAAGAAAUGUUCAAGAUCAGAAGUGGAUCAAUGUGCUGGUGAAAGAAAGCCAUCAUGGGCUGCAACAUGUGUGUGGUCAGACGUCCUGAGGAGCGUUUCAAGGUUAUGUACCAGCAAAAGGGACGCAGUAACUCCCUGCAGCCAAUAGAACGACAUGCAAAUGAAAAGGGGAAAGGAAGGAGACGUUCUUAUCUACCACUGGACAAGCAGCUAAGGUCCCAGGAGCCUUUGCAGCAAUCCGAGUCCAACAUCAAGAGUCACAGAAGGAAAGGUGUGAUGGCAAGCGCUGGAAAUGGGACCAAAAGCACCUCCAUUUCCACUUUCGCUGGGGUUUCUCGUCUUCGUGAAAGCGUGGAUAGCGCCACGCAGACAGACGUCAGCUUCCGGCAGCUACCACCCACUCCCUCCCUGCCCCACUUGAUGGAGGCCUACCAGAUUGAGGACUUCAGUUGCAUGUUUGUUGAUAGCGAUGACUACUUGGAUGUAUCACGGCAUGACGUGGACCGGGCUGAAGAGCUAGAAUACGAGGAGGUGGCACUCUAUAAGUCCCAUCAGGAGGAGAAGCUUGGCCUGACAGUUUGCUACAUGACAGAUGAUGAGGAUCAGCAGGGCAUUUAUGUCGGAGAGGUAAAUCCAAACAGCCUUGCUGCCAAGAAUGGACGCAUCAGGGAGGGAGACCGAAUACUUCAGAUAAAUGGCGUAGACAUCGGCAGCAGAGAAGAAGCCGUAGCUAUGUUGAGCAGAGAGGACAGUGGAAACUUCUCGUUAUUACUGGCCCGGCCUGACAUGGAGGAAGACCAGUUUGCUGAUGGCAUCAGCACCGAGCACCUCUCGCCAUAUUUUCAACUCCAGCAUAGAGGAGGAGAACUGGAUGAUGGCGAGGAAGAUGAUGACGAAGAAGGAAACAGGGCGGAGCCCCCGGUCCCCCUGCCCCCUCUUCUCCAAUUGACUCCUCUACUGUCCAACAGCCAGGACCUGGACAGCGGGCUAGGCCGCACAGAUGACAGCACGCGUUAUGAUGAGUCGUCAGAGCAUGACCUGCUUGGUGGCACCAGCAGUGCAUGCAACACAGAUGUUACCAACACACCCAGAAGCGCCCGCAAGUUCUGCCUAGGACACAGUCCAAGGCUCAGUCCACGACCCAGUCCUGUGGUUGGCUCCAGCCCCAAGAUGUCCCCGAGUCCCGUUCAUCCCCGAGAAGACACCCCUCCUCAAUCUCCACACCAGCAAGAACUCCAACUCACCACCAACUCUUUCACUGCACUUGAUGGCACUGAGGAACAGUCAACACAAAAUCAUGUCCACCAGAAGCUCCAGCUCUACAAGAGUCCAGUGAACCUGAUAGCAACCAUGGCAGGACUAACGGAGGACGAAUGCCAGCGGUACCAAGAGCUCCUGGAGAUCAGGUACCAUUGUGAGACACGACCAAGGACCAGAGAUGGAGAGGUGGAGAACGAAAAAGAGAAGGUUCCACCAUCUGCGAUGGACUUGAACUGCAAUUUGAGCAUGAGUGAACGAGAGAUGGCUCUCAUUGAGGAGGAACUGCGACACUUGGAGUUCAAGUGGCGCAACAUCCUGCGUGCGCAGAAAAUGCAGCAGCUCAGGGAGAGAUAUCUAAAAGCGUGGAUGAUGGAAGAAGAGACUGCAGAACCAGGUGUGUGUGACAACAACGACAUCAGCAAUGACGAUCCCCACCGCAACGAGUUGGCAGCCAUCAAUGAACUUCCGGAGCAUUCCAACAACGGCAAAGACAGCACCAGCGCUUAUGGCAGCGGCGAGAGCUGCCGCAGCACACCGAUGGUCAGCACCGUGUGGAUUCCGCCUCUCCCUGAAGACGAGACACCUGCAUCUCCACCCCAUCACUGGGGGAGGCGCCACUCGAACCUCGGAUGUGGCAGUCAGAAUGGAGACUUGGUCAACACUUCGCCCUCCAAGUUCAGACUACUGUCCAGAGAGGUGGAGUCGCCAUCUAGAAGAGGCAUGGCCGAAGGCACACAUGGCACAAGGACAGGGCUGCAAGGAGGAAGUGCGGAAUCCAGCCCAUUCCUGGCGCAGCGUCGCCAAAGGCCAUUUGAGCGCUAUCAUAGCUGCAUGGCGUUGCCAUCCGACGGCAUGCUGGAGCCGCUGGAUCGGAGAUUGGCUGAGGAUAGAGCGACAGGCAGCGUGCCAGCCAGUCCCCGCAGCAUAAGUAGCGCUCCAUGCGGUCUGGAACACCAGCACACAGCCUCCCGCUUAAGACUGGCACUGCCAUUAGCCUUGGAACACUCGUCGGCGACUGCCACAGCUCAACGUAUGGAAUGGAAGGUGAAGAUCCGCAGUGAUGGCACUCGAUAUGUGGCAAAGCGGCCUGUCAGGGACCGCCUUCUCAAGGCAAGAGCCAUGCAGAUCCGAGAGGAGCGCGGUGGCACAACCACUGAUGAUGAUGCCGCUGCCAGCGAGAUGAAACUGGGUCGCUACUGGAGCAAAGAGGAGAGGAAGCAGCAGCUUCUGAGAGCAAGAGAAUAUAGACGAAGAAGAGAAUUCAUGAUGCAAAGCCGCUUGGACUACCUGAAGGGUGACAGCAGGGAUGCCUUAUCAUCAGCAAGUGGCAAUGUCGAGCUUAUGGCCCCUGGCCACAAUGACAGCAUCAAGUCCCUUAGCCAAAAGAAAAUAAGCAAAAAGAGAAACCGCCGCAUUCUUGACAACUGGAACACAAUUCAGGAACUGCUCGCUCAUGGCUCACACUCGCCGGAUGGAAAGAAAAUCUUUAACCCUCUCCUUUCUGUCACCACUGUAUGAAGAUCCACACUUGUAUCUUGUAUCCAUUGACCCUAACCCUGUCUCCCACUGACAGUGUGUAGGACACAGAAGUAGAGUAAAGACACUAGAAUAAGGGCUUCAUUAAAAGUAUAUUAUUGAUUUUUCUUUCAUGCAGUCCAUUUUCAGCUACAACCCCUGAACUUUCGUUCCAGCUGCAACACAUGUGGCUUCAACCAAGAUGCCAGAUAUUAUUUUUUUUGCAGAUUUUCUCAAUCCCACUAGUGUCAUUUUAGUCUUAGCUUCUCCCUGAUUUACCAAACUGAUUAUGCUUUCAAGAAUUUUUCAGUGAGAGCCAUGUUAAAGUGCUAACUCGUGUUUGUGAAAUCAAAUCUGCACACUCGAAGCAUUUGGAAAUGUAGUCGGUAUUGUUGCGAAUCCAGACCACUAUCUUCAUGCUUGAAUUUCAUGUGAAUUGGCAUAAAAAUGUAAAAAAAAAAAAAAAAAAAAAAUGGCAAAAUCAUUUUAUGUAAAUGACCUUUCACUUACAAAGCACUUUUCUACGGUACCUUCAAUGCAUUCAAAGCGCUUCGAUAUUGUCUUUUCAUUCACAAAGUGAUAUAACCCAUAACUUUUCAGUUUGGUGACGACUACUCUACCAGUGUGCUAUGCCCCACCAACCCAUCUUAUAGUACAGUAUCAAAUAACUUCUCAUUGAGCACUAAACAGUGUACUUACAUUAUGUUUCACUACAAAAAGAUCAUUUAUCACAGUUAGUGUGUAAAUUCUCUCUGCUCUAUGUGGGAUAAUGACACUGCUGCCACUUAGAGGCUAAGGCAAGCACAUCAGUACCUGUAGCAAUAUUUGUAGUACGUAUGUCAAAGUGCUGUUUAUUUGUCAAAAAUGUUUAAAUGUAAUGAAUGUGAUAUUGAUGCACUCAGUAGCUUAGACUUAACAAGGACGCUUAUGUUGAUGCUAGAAUUCUGCCGCUUUGAAUGUUUGCGCUUACUUAAAAAAAAAAAAAAAAAAAGCCAAAGAAAAAGAAA